AUGACAAAGACACAAAAGCAAGGUAUGGUGGAUCAGCGUGAGGGGUUGAUGCAUGGUCUAGAUAUGAGUAAGCCGAUGAGGAGCAAAAUUCUCCCGAACCAUCAAGAUCAUGAUCAGAAAAGCCAAGUUUCAGCCCAUCUAGCGCACGUGGUUUCUAAACUCUGCGCUAUUCCGAAAACGGGGACCCACAUCGGCCGACAUAGAGAACAUCAGUCUCCUCCCACGGACAUUUCCUGGGAUGGAGCAUCUGCAGCAACAGAAUCAUACCAUUGUUCUUCAAAGUAUCUAUUGCGCGGGCUCUUCCUGCCAUCUCGUCUUCGCCUUGUCCUCACUGUCAUCACAAAGUGUUGGCAUGGUUUUCAAUCGACCUCCAUCAAUCAUGAAACAGCCAUCUCCUCUCAUAAACUGAACGAAGCCGGCCGCCGUAGUAUCAGACUGUUCACCGAAUAUGGAUCUCUACGUUGGUAUCAACCCAAGAAUCGGAGUCUAAUAGGAAUAUCCCCACUUUUCGGUUUCUGCCCACCCAUGUGCAUGCCUAUUGAAAGGGUAACAAGUGAAGAAUUAGCCAACUCUGAAUUCUGCAAGUGCGCACAGGGCAAUCUGACUACAUACUACAUAUCCACCCCGAAAGCGGGCGUUGCGCCAAAUCAAUGCCCCAAGAGUGACCUUGUGCUCUGCUACCCUCACCUCCGGAAAACAUUAUCGUCUUCGAUGCCCCAUUUAAUUAUUUUCCAAGUAUUCUCUGCUCACCGGCCUUGCCCCAUCCAUUUACCUCAAAUAUCUUUCGCAUUGAUCUCCUCUAACGACACUUUGGGGCAUUUGUCUGGUGUGACUUUACCCUUGAAACCAUACCGGUUGCACAUUAUGGGUACCCUUUCAAGGGGAUGA